ACAUAAGUAAACGGUGACGUUAGUUUUCGAGAUAAUUGACGAAGCAUAUGCAUUUAUCUGCGUAUUUUUUACUGAUUGUGAAGUGUCAUUUUUUCGUGUGCUGUGACUGUUAAAAAAAAACGAUUUUCAAUUGAGUGAAUUGAUACAAUCUAUUAGUUCCACAAAAGUUUACAAAUAAACAAUAAGAUCGAAAAGGGACAUAACCUAUAUAUAUUUUCAUCAUCAGGUGAUCUCCACUUACGUCUGCGCGUCUCAUAACCCGCCAAGAUGAAAAUUGAAGUUUGUAUAUCAUGCACUCACUCAGUUUAUGUUUACCGGCUGGUUAGGUUAUUCGGUUUAGAGUCAUGCCGUCUGAGAAAAUAGAAAGAAGUUCGAACCUUAUGCUGAAACAGUUCAAAACCAUGGAAGUUGACAUACCCCAAAACAAUUCCCAAGCGGAAUUACUUCAUUCCAGUGGUGACAAUACUCGGAAUACGGAUAAAUCUGCCGAAGUUUAUGUUAAAACUUUCAAAGAUGUUACUACACGUGAAUGGAUUGCUAUUUUUAUUUUGUGUUUCGUCAAUUUGAUCAAUUACAUGGAUAGGUUCACUAUUGCAGGGAUCCUACCAGACAUUGAAAAGCAUUUUUCUAUUGAUCAUAAGCGGGGAGGCCUUCUGCAGACGGUCUUCGUUUUUACUUAUAUGAUUUUUGCCCCGAUCUUCGGCUAUCUUGGAGAUCGAUACAGUCGGAAACUGAUAAUGACGGCUGGUGUCUUCCUUUGGAGCUUGACAACCCUAGCCGGAUCAUUCAUGACGAAUUACUGGUGGUUCCUACUUUUCAGAGGACUAGUGGGUAUUGGUGAAGCCAGUUAUUCCACCAUUGCUCCUACGAUAAUCAGUGAUCUAUUUUGUGGUGAUAUGAGAUCGAAAAUGUUGGCUCUCUUUUAUUUUGCAAUACCUGUAGGAAGUGGUUUGGGUUAUAUCGUUGGAUCAGAAACUUCGAAAUUAAUGGGUUCCUGGGAAUGGGCCUUGAGGGUUACCCCUGCCCUUGGCAUAAUGGCCGUAAUCCUGGUUUACUACGUCUUGGAGGAUCCUGUUAGAGGAGAGAGCGAAGGCAGUCAUCUGGAGGCCACAACGUACAAGGAAGAUCUCGUAGAUAUAAUUAAGAACCGUAGUUUUAUGCUUUCCACGGCUGGUUUCACCUGUGUUGCCUUUGUAGCUGGCGCCUUAGCAUGGUGGGGACCAACAUUUAUAGAAAUGGGAUUAAAUUUACAGCAAGGACCAACUGUUGACUCAGAAAGUAACUCGUUCAUGUUCGGCGGUAUUACGAUCGCAGCCGGUUUGGUUGGACUGACGCUGGGUGGUUAUCUAAGCCAAAAUCUAAGGGUCGUGUACCAGAAGGCCGAUCCCAUCAUUUGCGGGGUUGGCCUUGUGGUAUCUGCACCGCUACUCUUAGGUUGCACUUACGCAGCCACCAGUAACACAGCCUUGUGUUAUGUACUAUUGUUCUUGGGCCAGGUCACUCUCAACCUCAAUUGGGCAAUAGUCAGUGACAUACUUCUGUAUGUGGUCAUUCCAACAAGACGUUCAACAGCCGAAGGAUUCCAAUUGCUCAUUUCUCAUGCCUUAGGGGACGCUGGAAGCCCUUAUUUAAUAGGAGUGCUUUCAGACGGCUUCAAAUCUUCGAUGUCAUCUACAUCAUCUAAUAACUCAACGAAUGAAUUCAAAUCAUUACAAUAUGCUCUUUUCACCACAUGCUUUGUUGAAAUUCUGGGUGGGUUCUUCUUCCUGCUUACGGCGUUCUACAUAGUCGAAGAUAAGAGGAAAGUAGAGAAAGCGAUAAAUGCUGAUCAGCACACCCACCAAAAUGAGGUUCUGGAUUACAUUGAAUCAACAGCAAAUCAAUAGAUUAGCACCACAGAAAGGCUGCUAGUGAACCCAGCUGAAGACCCUAACCUUAAUUACUAGUAUUAUUUUUCCGGACAAUGAGAACAGUUAUAACGUAGAUGGAUAUGUUUCCAAGGAAGUUUAUGUGUGUUCUGUUUCUUUUUUAUACAAAAUGUUUAUAGGCGAGUGGUUAAACUAGUUUUACGGUGUAUAAAGUGAUAAUUAAUAUGUUUAUUUAAAAAAUAGUGAAGACCUACAUGAUAGACAUUGAAAUGACUAAUCCCUAUUUAUUACAUGUAUGUAAAAAGUGCUUAGAAGAUCGAGAUUUAUUUGCCCUGUAUGGACGUUUUUUAAUGAAUUUGAGAAUGUUUUGUACUUAAUUAGUAACAUGAUGGGUGGUAAAUGAGUGCUGGGAAAUAACAGGUAAGGUUUCCAAAUUAGGAUCAGAUAUAAUUUUUAUAACCAACAAAUGUGCUGAAAUCUUAUUUACAGCUUAAUUGCAUUGACAAAUGUCCUACAUAUAUUGUGUACCUAAUACGUAUAAUAUCUUGGAAAUUCAACUGUUAAAAUGUAUUUGUAUCUGAAAUACAAAACUCCAAUAUAUCUCCAAUCUUCAAAAUGCUAUAUAAUUGUAUAUGAAUGAAACUAUAGGUAAUAGAUCAAUCAAAGUUAUUUCAAAAAUUGUUAACAAUUAUUAAUGUCUGAGAUUUUCAAAUAAUUUAUAUUAUAAACCUUUGCGCCUCAUUCAAUUAUUUCACUAAUUAAGUUCAGUUAUCUAAGAAGGACAAAUUAUCAAAAUGACACAAAAACUUUGAUUUCACUAUUUUUAUAUUAUUUAAUGAUUUAUUCUACACAUUUAUGUCAGCUCUCUCACAUACUAUCAAAUUGAGAAUUUUUCAUCAUCUCUUAUUGAUUCAGAUUAUAUUGACAAUAAUUGCUUCACACUUUUUGAAAUGAGCACCAUGUCACAAGACAUUUCAAGUUUUCUAAAUGACCGUAAGAAAUAGAUCAAGUUUGAAUUUUUCAAUAUUAUUACUGAAAUGUAGGUGAUCAAUAAAUUUUUUCUAGAACAACUUGAUAAAAAUCUAUUGAUCCAUAUAAGAGCAUAUACAAUUUGAUACCUCGACUUGAAUAAUUUUGUUGACUAAGUUGGAAAGCAAAUUUUUUUAUCAAUUGACAAUAUAUUGUCAUCACACUCUUAUUUAUUUCAAAUUUACUUAUAAGAGCUUCCAAGAAUAGUUUAUUACCUGAUAUUAUGGAAUUAGUAGCAACAAAAAUGUACCCAUGAAUUAACCAUUUUUUUGGGGUGCAACAAACAUAUCUUCCCGCAUUAAUGAAUGAAUAUUAUAAGUAUGAGCAAUUGAGCUUUUGUUUUUUAAAAAAUCGCCAUGAUACCUGUGUAAUGGUGUUGGCACUUUCAUCUUACGAGAAAUAUUAAUUUUCAAUUCAUACAAUAAUUUUUUGAAUAUUUUUGAGUAUCUGAGAAAUCUAAAUAUUUGUAUGUGAACAUACAUCAAUUGAUUUUCACAAGUUCAUCAUAGAUUAUUGGAAAUGAAUAGAAAUUACCAAUUAUACUGUAUUUUAAAGAAUAAUUUAUAUUUUAUGACUUGAGAACAUUUAAAUUCAAGCUAGUUGUGUUGAACACCUCUUGUCACAUUAAAGUGUUCAAAAGAUGCUAUGUAAUUUAUGAAAGAAAGAAAUAAUUAAGUUCAACUUAACUUCCCUAGACGAAUUUUUUCAUGUCAAUGUUCGUACUCUACAAACACUAAGAACUGUGAUAAUAAAGUUGUCGAGACAUUUUUGCCUCGGACAUAAUGUACGGGUUGAUUCAUCAAUAUGUCCAUUUGUCCUAUACAUCAGUUUUCAUUGGAAUAUGUUUCAGCAUUAUAUGUUUUUUCUAAAACUUGAGGUUCGAUUUGUUUUAUUUGAAUAAGUGUAUGAAAUGAAAGCAUGAAUGUUGAGGCAUAUUCAAAUUUUUCCAAGACUGAUUUUCCUGAGAGUAUGUAUUUCUUUGAUUAUUUCAGUUGAUAUAAAAUAGAAUUAUAUAUAAUGUAUUUAUUAUUGUUUUGUAAUUGUGGAAAUAAAUAUCAACUUAUA